AUAUAUAUACAUUUAUAUAUGUCACUUGCAAAACUGUUUAAAAGAAUGAGUAUUCAAACUAAUGAACAAAAUUUGACCAUAAAUUCUAUAGAAUCAUUAAGUGGCCAACAUUCAAUGAAUUAUAGAACGAAAACUUACUCUGAUUGUAUCAUUUGCAUGGUUCGCUUCAAGACAAGCAACCUUUACAGCACCCAACAUUGUGAUCAUAUCACUUGUCGUGAUUGUAUUCGAAACUAUCUAUUUAGUAUACUUAAGAAGAAUCGAUGUACAUCUUAUGAAACCAUUGAAUGUCCUAGUCCACAUUGUAAAUACUAUUUUAAUACAGAAGAGAUACUCGAUAGUUGCUUUACUAAUGAUGAAAUUAAGAAUUGGUGGCAAGAGGCUAUACUAAAGUGUUAUAUAUUAAAUAAGAUUUAUUGUCCUUUUAAAGAGUGUGGUGCUGUAUUUGAUGCAGAUAUUCAAUAUACAAAAACAUGCACUUUCACAGAAUGCUAUGAAUGUCAUCGGGGAUUCUGCAUUGCCUGUCAAACUGCCUGGCAUCCUGGUAUAUUCUUUUUUUCCCCCCUUCUUUAUUACAUAAUACAUGUCUCUUCUCUUUUUUUUUAUUCGUUCUAUUUGCAUAUAGGUGUUAUGAAGAAAAUAGAUGAUGAAAAAGAUUUACAGAAAACUUUAAAAAAAGCCGAAAAAAGUUACUGGACUCGAUGUCCAAAAUGUGGACAAUUAAUUGAAAAAAUGAAUGGAUGUACUUCUAUGAUAUGUACAUGUGGAAUCUCUUUUUGCUAUCGCUGUGGUAGUGAAACUAAUAGUCAAUAUUCUUGCAAAAAUCGAUGUGAAAGGCUUUCCUCUGAAGAUUUGAAACUAUUUCGUAGUCCAAUGUUUGAUUUAAAAAAGCAAGAAAAGAAGCUUAAAGAAUAAGCAAUUGUAAUUUUAAAACACCGUCGUCGUCAUAAAAUUAAAGUUUUUCUUUAAAUAACAGAA